AGUCUAGUGUCUAUAUAAAUGCGAAUGGAAGUGGGUUUAGCUAAAAAGAAAGAAAAAAUUUGGUGACACUACAAUGGCAGAGGUUAGAUGUCGCAUCUCAGACGAAGACAUCGUAGAAGGUUAUCUGAGACCAAAGGUGAACGGGGCAGCAACAGCAAACCCGAGAUACAUCGUAGACAACAUGGAGGAGGAUGUGUACAAACGAGAGCCGUGGCUGCUUCCGCAACCAACAGAUCCGAUCCUAAACCCUAACGAGUGGUUGUACUUGGGGAAACGGGAUUGGAAAUAUCUGUGGGCAGAAGGAGUUGAUUGCGAGGGAUCGUGGAUCCCCGUCGAAGGUCGUUACCGGAUCAUGUCUGAGGAUUCGGGUGAAUUAAUUGGGGGAGCCAUGAGAUUCAGAUAUUGCUUCAGGAACAAGAACGAUAAAGAAGCUCCUAUGGUCCUUAGCAAUUGGUUCAUGCGAGAGUAUCGUCUCUGUGACAAAUUCGGCAACCCCGUUAAAACCCGUCAUGUUCUCUGCAAGAUUACUUGUUACCCCCACCUUUGACUUUGACUGACUUUGUUGUUAAGUAUUAUUCUAUUUUGACCCAGUUUGGUCUUUAGCAUCUUUUUUAUUUUUUUUUGUGAGACUAGACUACUACUUUCACAUUUAAUAAAUAUGUCUUUUCUUAAUCUCUAUAAAUCGAUUUAGCUAAGA